GUCAACGCAACUUGUGAACAAGUACUUUACCAUUGCCAUAACCGCCCAACGCUCUUGGCACUUCCGGGUCAGGCAAGUUGCCCAAGCCGAGGUCUUGAUCGAUGAUCUCCUAACUCUUAUGAUGUGUUUUCAGGCUCCGAAUGACAGAAAAGUGUUACUGUUCAUUCUUGAUAUCUGUAGAAGACCUCAACUCGUGAUCAUCAAUGCCUGGAGAUCCUGAAAUUUGGGAGGUCAGUGAUGAUUCCUCUACAUCAGGAACAGAUACGGAGAACGAUUCACUUCCUACCGUCGAUGGAUCUCGCAGCAACUUCAAUGUAGCUUUUGUGGAAACCAAACCGAAAGGGGUAGUUCUUGACAACGGCAGAGUGGGAGGAUAUCAAGAAGAUCAAUUUAAGAAAUUGAAAACAAAUCUUCGGAACCAUUUUGAUGAUAUAAGUAUUGGUACUUCGUUCUUCCACCAGGGUAUCCUACCAAACGCACCCAAUCCAGGAAUUUCUAUUCACGGUUAUGGUACAAUUGGGUUUCCACUCACUAUGAAAGAAUGAAGGCAGCAAGCAGUUUAGGAUCUGACGAGUCCACUGGAAACACACUUGCUCCAUCUCAUGUAUAUACCAUUCCCGGUAACAAGAUAUCCAUAAGAAGCCCUGUUUGGACAUCAGUGGUUCAAUCGAUAGUAGGGAUAAUCAAAACCGGGCUGGGAUUGGAGAAUAAGAGUGCUCAUGCAGAGUUGUAUUCUCUCGUGUAUCAUUCACCCGGAAGUACCGCAGAGAUGAUCAACUCAGUUCGGAUGCCUUCUAGACACGACUUUGCAACAUUAGACAUCAUUCUACCAUCUGCUAGAGAAAGCGAAAACUUUAUUCUGGAACAGAAUGGGAAGAAAGUCCAAUUCCAGAACAACGGAUGUUCAGAAUGGGACUGCUCCUUUCUUUCGUGGGUUUUCACAGAUGUAUCGAUGAACAGUACAAAAUUAUCUUCAGACCACCGCCUUAUCCUCAGGUAUAAUCUUCAGCAUACCCUACCAGGAGAGACUAGUUCUGCUAAAACUUUAGAAGCUUCAAUAUCCAAUUUACAAAGCAUAUUGGAACCCUGGAUAAGAGACGGCAUGUUAGUUCCCAAAAAUGUAUUGGGAUAUGUGCUUUCAAAAAACUACCAAUCUGGCAUCUCCCUUCAAAAUCUUUGUGGAAAGGAUAUUCUUGUUGUCAAUCAGCUCAAGGAAGUUUGCACCUGCACAGGAAGCAAUUUUGAGCUCUACCUGUCAAGAAUAGAGAAACAAGCCAGUGGCCCAACUGCCUCGUCUGGAUAUGGCUAUUAUGGUUACGGUCAAUCAGGCGACGAAAAUCACGUCAUGGAGGAAGUCGAGGAGGAAUCUUUACAUAUCACCAAGCUUGUGAAUCUCAACGGUGAAGCGCUACGUGCAGAUGCUGCUAGUUUUGAUUAUGAAAACCUCAUAAAUGAUGAUCCUUUCGACGGUGCCUCCACGGAUGAAGAGGACUAUGAUGAUGAUGAUGGAUAUAUGACAAAACAUUAUCGUGCUUCUAUGGUAGUCCUCAUACCUCGAGCUUCUCGAUUCCAGUUCAUAUUAGGCAAACUAGGUAGCUGGGAUAACGACAGAAAUGAAUGUGUUCUCAAAUAUAUGGCAGAUUUGGGGAAUAUCACUUCCGAAUCAUCUUCCGCUGACUGGGAAGAAAUGAAAAAAGUAUGCGAAUUAGUACUUGCGAGAAGCGAAAGCGACCGGCAGAGUAAUGUCCUAUCGGGGUUUUCGUAUAAGGUAUAUCUGUUGGUAAUCAGCUCGAUAAUAGACCUUGAUGACAAAGUUCUUCUUGAACGCACAUUACCAACUUGCUUCUCAGGACCUGAAUAUCAGCCGUUGGUAGCCAAAUUGAGAGAGAAGAAUGGACCGCUAUGGGUGCUGGCUAGAGCCGAGUUAUAUAUCUCUACGGUCCGCAAUUUCGCUAAUCGGUGUGAAACGAUUGAAACCCUAUCUCAAUAUCAAGUGGGACUGGUUGGUCCUUCACUCAAUAUGAAUUAGCAUUAUCUUCAUGUGCGCCAUCUCUAUGUGUUUCCGAUGUGGCACAAUUGAUUAAAGUAGCAAAAGUAUUGCCUGAAAAACGGAUCAUUGAGACUUUCCUCCCAACAAUCAAACUGUGCCUGAAUAAGCAUCAAAUGCUGUGCUCAAUCUUGACGCACAUCUCGAGAAGCCUUUCAUUAAGCGAUCGCACACCACAGUCACUUGACCUUGUUUUUAAAGAAAUAUGGUCAGGUAACAUUAAUAGACUGGAGACGUUGAAUCCCAGGGACUGGCCGGGAGAUAUCUCAUUUGCUGAAGGCCAGGCUGGUUACGAUUCUAGAUACCCACCAGAUAGCGCGUGGCCACAGCGGAAGUAUUGGAAUGUAGCCUUCGUUGUUUGUCGGGCUUACCAGAGAGGGAUGACACUCGAGCUCGAGCUUUUCUUUCGAAAACUUUGCCACCAAGUUCAAUCUGCGCAAUUGGAUUCCUUUAAUGAUAAAUUCAUGCCAUUCCUGAAAGCUCUGGUCGAUUCUAUACGCAAUGUUACCCCGAUCGCAUUCAAAGCACCACUAUUCAAGCAGCUUUUUCAGAGCAUUGUUAGCUCGUAUGCCAUACGUUAUCAUGCAGGUAAACCUGUCAAGCCCCAAGGAUGGACUCGCGACAUUCGAGGAUGCAACUCGAACUGCUCAGACUGCAACUUACUAGAUGAAGCUUUGUUAGACCCUACUAGAAAAAAGUUUGUGUUCUACUUAAACGCACAACGGAGACAGCAUUUGGAAAGUCGAAUUUUCUCAGAUGUCCAGAAUAGGCUCAUAAAGACUUCUGUUGUGAAAGAUCGUAGCCCCCAUGGUUUGGUGAUGGAAAAAACUGGUGAUGUUUUUGCACACAUAUUCCGCAUUUGGUCCCUACUGGCAAAAGAGACGAUGUUACGUAUCGAAAUGUUGGGUGAAGAUGUAAUAGAAAUCUUGUCAGAGGAGCAUGACGAGACGCCAUUGCGUGGUAUGGCAAAAGUUUCCGAUGAUAACAUUCAGCAGGCCAAGAAGGACAUUGCUACAAUCAUAUCUAAACACCGAGCCACCUCAAAACUCCAAGAAUCCUCUUCAUCCAAGACUUUGGCUUCCUCCAGUAGCAAUACGAUUAGUGGCACUGGCAUAGGCGAGAAGAGAGGCUUCUCUUCAGAUGUUUCCGCCACUAGUGAAAAUUCUGUAUCUUAUGAAACACAAGCAAAGCGACUUCCAGCAUGGAAUCAAUGGCGAGAGCCCA